UCUCCGACCUCACGAACCACUCGUGUUCCUGGGACGGCGAGAUGGAUACCAAUUCAAAAGACCCCGAGUCCCCUGAAACCAAAGAGUCUGCUAUUAAUGCUGAAAACCCCUCUUUCACUUUGGGAAGUGAGAAUCUUGUAACAUCUCAGAAGCAUGCAGCUGAAGUGACUCCUAAUCCUUCCACACCAGAGAAUUUUAAGUCACCUUUGGACUUUUCCACAGUAACUGUAGAGCAGUUGGGAAUUACAUCUGAAAGCUUUGUAAAGAACUCUUCAGGAAAGUCAUCAUCCUACCUUAAAAAAUCCAGACGACGCUCUACAGUUGGUGUUCGGGGCUCUCCUGAAACAAACAAUCUGAUUCGGUUCAUUGCUCAGCAACGGAAUUUAAAGAAUGCAGAGAACUGUCCUUUGACACAGAAUUUCCCUUUUCUGGGCAGCCCUGUACUGUAUCGAAAUGUCAGUUCCUUAAGAGAGCGAAUUUCUGCCUUCCAGUCAGCUUUUCAAUCUGUAAAGGAAAAGGAAAAAAUUACUGACCGUCCUGAAUUCUCAGAGGCAGAGGGAGAGUUCGAGACAACAGGCUUGACCAAGAAGGAAAGCCUUGGUGAAUGUCAGCAGUCUGCGUUUCCUGCACAGUUAUCCAAACGUCAGAGAAUAUCUUCUCAGAGCAACUCUGAUGAAAAUAUAACUAAUGCAAUUGACCUCCAGAUGUUCAAUGUUGCUGCUCCUUCCAGUACGGACAGAACAUGCGCUGUUGAAACUUCUCUUGUAGAUCUUUCUGAGAAAUUUUCUGGACCUGGUUUGACACAGUCUGAAUGUUUAGUUGAAGAAUCUAUUCCAUUUUCUGAGUGCACAGGGGCUUCAGCUGGAAUCAAAGUUGCUGACCGAGUGGGGGGCAAAGGAUCAGGUGAUGCUGUUUCACUUGACAAAUUUGCAGAAGUGAGCACAGGCACAGCUCCCGAAGUCAGGGCACUGGUCACUCCACUGUGCAAGAGGGAUAUUCCACCCUCUGGGACCUCUGUACUUCGUUCUGUGCUGAAGAAACCCUCUGCGAAGCUGUGUCUAGAAAGCCUGCAGGAACACUGUGAUAACCUCUGUGAUAAUGGGAGUCAUCCAAGCUUAAUCUCAACCCUUGCAAACUGUUGCAAAGAACAAAAAGCAGAAGGUCAAGAAAAUUAUAAGGUACCAGCCUUUGUAAAUAUGAGGAAGAGGAAGAGAGUUACUUUUGGAGAGGACCUAAGCCCUGAAGUAUUCGAUGAAUCUUUGCCAGCAAAUACUCCAUUGCGCAAAGGACAAACACCUGUUCGUAAAAAGGAUUUAAGUACUGUCACUCCUUUGCUACUUGAGCAGUCACCAGUUCCCGAGCAGUUGCCUCAACCAAAUUUUGAUGACAAGGGGGAAAAUCUUGAAAACAUAGAACCUCUUCAGGUAUCAUUUGCUGUUGCAAGCCCUCUUAGUAAGUCUUCAAUCUCUGAGAAUCUUUCAGGCACGGAUACGUUUAGCUCUGCAAAUAACCAGGAGAAAAUUUCUCCCUGUAAAGAUGGUAGAAGAACACGGACCUCUAACAGAAGAAGACAGUUGGCCAGUUGUGCAGAAGACAGUGUUUGCAGCUUAUUUAAUACAGAAGCUCAGCCUUGCAAAGAAAAGAAAGUUAGGAGGAGGAAAUCUCAAGAAAGCAAGCGUGCAGACAGAAUACUUCCUAAAAAGAAUCCGGUUUUAAAAAGUUGCCGAAAGAAGAAAGGCAGGAGGAAGAAAGGCGUUGAGAAGUCUUUGUAUGGGGAGAGAGACAUUGCCUCUAAGAAGCCACUUCUCAGUCCCAUUCCUGAGCUGCCUGAGGUCUCUGAGGUGUCACCUUCCGUUCCGGUCGUCCGCAGGGUGUACGCAGGUGAUUUCAGCUCACAUGGUGAGCUUGAAGAAAUGAAACCUCCUGGAAGAAGGAACCCUCUCCCGCAGCACUCAGAUUUGCAGAUGAAUCAAGAGUUUAAUAAAUACAGUGUGUCUGAAUUCUGCAGCUCUUACAUAAAAAGCUCCUUGUCGCUUAUUAAUGCCACUUUUGAUCAAGAUUCAAAUAUAAAUACUGCAAGAAUCCAUGCAAGAAAAAUUAUUCCAAAAGCAGAAAUUAAGUUGGAAGGUGACCUAGAGACUGGUACCAAGAAUGAAAACAGUCGUGUUUCUUGUGCUUCUGUGACUGAAACACCCAUCGUGUCAGAUGGCCCACAGCCUGACUUUGUCAUGCAGUCCAAAGAAUUUGCUGCUGCCGGUCAAAAUGUGGAAAACCCUUUUCAAAGCUUUAAAGUUUCAGGGGAUACAAAGCAUGAACAACAGGAUGACUUAGUAGCUACUGAUGGAAAACUGCAGACCAAGCCUUUCCUGUCCGGCUCAGAAAAAGAACGUGGUGAUUCAGAUGAUGUCUUCAUUGACAACAGAAGAGGGGGAAAAAGUCAAAGUGGGGAUUUGCGAAGAAACUCGGCAGCAAGUAGCAGUGGCGUGAGUUGUGAAAGGAAACAUAGAAGACGCUCUGUGUGUGAUCCUGAUGGUCACAGCUUACAUUUGGAAAAAGAUGGAAUUCACAGACCUUCCUGCAGCAUGGGCAGCUCUGUCGAAAUGAGUUUGGAAACUUCUGAACUGUGUAAAGAUUUAUCUGACUCCAUAGAGCAAACCUUUUUGAGAACAAAUCGGGAAACAAAAGUCAGACGAAGCACAAGGCUACAGAAAGAUCUGGAAAAUGAGGGACUUAUAUGGAUUUCACUUCCAUUUUCUUCCACUUCCUGCCCUUCCCAGAGAACCAAAAGGAGAACGGUGCAUACAUUUGACAGCAGAGGACUUGAAAGUGUGUCUCCCAGAAAAAACACCGUGUCCUUCAGACGAAAACCUCCACUCUGCUCCACAUCAGAUCAGGAAAACAGUGAGGGCUUUGCAGCCAGUUCUUCCAGUUUACCUGGGAAUAGGAGGAAGAGCUUUUGUACAUCUGCACUUGCGAACACUGGAAAUACUCCGUCAGAGUGCUAAAAAGGAAGAACCUUCCUCAGCCAGAAGGGAGAAAGCUCUCCAAAGGACAUCGGGAGCACUGGCCUUGUCGGAGAACUGCCGCAGGAACUGACAUCUCCUGCAGAACAUUUGGCAGAGAAGGUAACCGUCCAUGCUUAAAAGAUUCUUUCAUCCUACUUCCUGUUAUUUGGUCAACUUCAGUGUUUUAAAAGUUUCAAAUAAAAUCAUUUGAGUAGAAAUAAGUGAAUUUUUUUAUCAUUCAAAAAGAAAACAUUCUAUUAAAUAUGUACUCCUGCCCCCCCAACAUAGUAAAUGCUGUAUUGGUAUUUUGUAAAAAAGGAUUGUUUUUAUAGCCAAUAAUAUGUCUCUUAAGCUUUACAUUAGUACAUGUUUUCCACCUCAUUACCUCUAGAUGAGAAGAGGUGUUUUUUUAAAAAAAAAAACAAACAAAAAAAAAAACCAACAAACAAAAUUGACAUAAUUAAUGUAACUGAGAAUUGGAGGUUAAUACAAGGUGGGAAGCUGUUAGUGUUUUUAUUUAAAAAUACUGCAAAAGAAUUAAAAGUUUUAACAGGACUUGGUUUCUCUUUCGGUGGAAGUUAAGCUGAAAUGGCUCUCUCUAUCUGUCUCAUGACAUUUUUAAUACUUAGAUUAAAAUAAAAUUUUAAACAUCAAA